AGCCAAUCACUGCAUCCGGUUGUGGCACUCAUUUGAAUAUCGUAAAGACAAAACACGGCGAACCGAGACCAAGACGGAAGAACACAGUUAAGGUUGAGAAUUGAGGAUGAAUUACAAGUCGUUAUGAGUGUUAAACUUGUACCUUAUCUCGCCCGGUAAACCUCCUUACAGAUACCAUGCAACACUCUUCUGUUUUCUUCAAUUAACAUCACAGGUAGGCGAGGGUUUAACUUUUGCGUGGGAGGGAUGGGUUCUUAGAACAAACAAGGCUUAUAGGCUUGUUCACGUUUUGAGUUCCGAUGAAUAACAAAUUAGGCAUCAAUUUGUGGGAAAAUAUUUAGUGUUAAGAAACUACAUAACGAGGGCGCGCUAAAAUCUGAAGUUUCGUUCAUCAUGUUAACCCCAAUACGUAUAAUUCAAUUCUUGUUAUCUCCAGAGUAGAGAAUAUUUGCCGUUAUACAAUGAUUCUUCCACUAGAUUCCACUAUGGAAAUAUUUAAAGCCAGCGUCUGGAAGACGGAAUAAAUUUGAUGAUCGACAAUACAACCUGAUGAGUCGUUCACUUGUUAACAGGAAAUGAUAAACGAGGCCCUAACACUGUUUCGUCCGGCAACAUUUCAUCAUCGUCCAAGAAUCAGACACUACUGAAAUCAAUCACGGAUUUUAUUAAUUCACCCAAUGAAGGCUUCGUUAACAACUUUUUAUUGUCCUAAGGUGGUGUAGCGAAUUUGCUUAAUAACUUCUUCAGUCAUGCACGAAAAGUUAACAAGGAAUCACGGAAUCAUUGCAUUCUGAAAACGAGGGAAAUUAAGAAUCAAACUUGCUUUCGAAUGUCAUUAGACAGUUUAAGUUUCCUAUUUUUUCAGCUGCUAAAGGUAGUCAUUAAGGUUUCAUGUUGAAUAGAUUUUUUUGUCAAUCACUGCUAUUGUGUCAUCUUCCAUUCCUCCUCACUAGAUAGCGCAUGGCGUGAUAACUGAACUAAUAAAGCAUGCAAUUUUCUCGUUUGUACAACUAGCUAGAAAACGAAAGGCUUCUUUUUGUUAGGGCCGUCUUCGUGACAGUCGCUUCAACGACAGGCUCCUCUAUUAUCUCUCCAUAACGCUCGAGGCUAUCCUGACUAUGAAUAACAAACUGUUUCCUCGACUGUUAUCUGCAUUGUUAACAGGCAGUGUUGCAUUGCAAUAUACAGUCAGUCCUGGCUUUAAAUUCACAUAUUUUCUUUGUAUAAUAAGCUAAAUGUUAAGGCAUUUUUCGUUUGUGAAAACCUCUUGAAAUCAGAAACGUAUUUCUACUUAGCACUGUUCGGUUAUGUCGGCUACCUGUUGCAAAAUAGAAAACAGCUUAUAGUACUCAUAUACGAAGAUAAAAGCUUGUUGAUUUAACGUACCGAUACAAGAUGAAUGUACUAAAAUACAUAAUUUUUGUUUUUAUUCGUUUAUAUAACAAAACAAACAGAGCAUUUAUGUCAACCGAAAAAUUCGAAAUAAGUACCUUCACAGAAGUGGUUGAGAUGAGUUCAAACAGGCUAAUAUCUGUCCCGCUUUUUCACUUGCUAUUCUGUUUUUUGUAGUUUGUUGUUGUUUUUAGCAGUUGACAGACGAUUAAUGAGUUAUACUGGGCCAUAUUGUCUUGAUUUAAAAGCAGAGAUUAUCUGCAACAGAAUAAUCGGUUGUUUUAUUAUACGGUUGUCAUUCGAAGGAGAACAACAACUUGAAAUGAAAAAUGACUCGCACUUCGAUUUAAUACCUGAAUGGAAACUCAAACUUGCCAAAUGGUUGGCUCGAUCGAAGCACAACAGUUAUGUAUUAAGCUUUUAAGUCUCUAAGUGCAUUCGCUACAAGAAGCUAGGUAAAAACUUCCUUAGUUUUACUAAUGUCGUUCCCAGUUCGGGGAAGAUAGUCUCCAUAUAUUGUUUCAAACAUUCGUUGCCGAAGUGGACUCUGAAACUAUUAUGCUUGUAUAGUAUACGAGAUGUACGAUUAAAUGCGGUGACAAGUAAAAGUGACUAGCUGCCCGCCAUAAAUCUAGUUUAGAAUAAACUGAAGAAGGGAAAUUUUGAUUCUAAAUGGUUUAUCAGUCUCUUCAAUUUGUAUAAUUUGAAUCUUAUUGCCCCGAGUGAAAAGCUUUCAUCGACUUUCAUCGGCAAGAAAAUACUUGUGCACCUCACUAUAAUUUGUUUACCUACAAGAAAAAGGCAAUAUGCUUUAUUAUUCUCUGAUUAUAUCAAAGGACCCAAUAUAAAAGUGGCCAGACACUUCUUGUCACCUUCUAUUAAAAAGCUGAAUCAAUCAUUGAAUAUAUUAUUUGUUCGUCGCAUUUUUCUUUGGGAGGUGGUAGCUACCUAAGCGACUUAGGGGCGAUGCUUUGAUCAAAUUCGAAGUUUGAUAUUGAAAUUGUUUUACUGUGGGUAAGCAGUCAUAUCUUGCUAAUGAAGCGAUACAACUAUACUUUUGAAACAGUUCCAACAGAUCACUAAUCAAAUAAGACUACGAAACAGAAAGAAGAGGAUGAUAUGAUUGAGGAUACUGCUGUUUUAGGCCAAUUUGUACGGCGCUAAUUAAAAGUCAGAACUUAGUGCCUGUAAAGUUAUAACUGAGAAGAUAUCACACAAAUAUCGCGUAGGCGUGUGUACCGGUAUCCCCAUUAAAUUACCAAAACAGAGAUGUGCUUUAGAAUGCUUAAAAACAAGUCAAUUCUGUAGUAAAAAUUCAAUACUUAGAUACAACUUAGUGUAUUUACCCAAUCACAAAAUGCUCCUGUUGUGUUAUAAAGAAUAUAUCACACAAAUAUCAAUAAGGAUUACAAACCAAAAUAUUUUUUUUCAUCAUUUUUGAAGAUCGACAUAGCAUUAAAACUUGAAAAAGUUGGCCCAACCUUGUCAAGUUUCAAUCCAUGUCCAUCAGUCUUGCCAUUCGUGGCUACAGACGACAAGAAACGGUUUCAAUGCGUAAAUAUAGUCUUGAGUAACAAAACUGGACUUUAAUUUUGGAAUUCAAUUGAGGCGAAGACACGGUUUAGCUUUUUGAAAAGUUAGCAACUGAAUAGCGUGAUAUUGCCCAUUUCAGAGAGAAAUGAUAUUCGUGGCUGGUCAGCCAACCAGUUUCCAACCGCGUACGGCAGGCCGGGCUUAACUUGAGUGGCACACUGAGUUUAGCAAGACAUUUUCAGUAUUUUGAGCUAACGCUCGGAAUCGUCCAGAGUAGGAACCCUACGAAUUCAAACGCGAAUGUCGUUUCCCAAUUUUGCUGCCAAGAUGACAAAAACUCUAUAUUGGUUUUUGAAUUUUUGAAUCAGUAUACGGUGGCAAGGUGAAUUGAUCUGUUUAAAUUUUUUUAUAACAAAGACGUUAAACAGUUUUCUAGUUUUGGGAAAUUCUUUUUUGCAGCUUACAAUAGAGUUAGCGUUAGCAACCAAUAGUAUUUCCAAGCAUUUUCUAGGAGAGAUGUGAAAAUUUGUCAGCUCCUAACAAUGCUUCGACGGCCGUUUAUACGCUUAGGGUAUUGCUGCAAUGAGGCCAUAAUUUUUCAACCUCACAGAAUAAAUAGCCUCUGAAUCAUUUAGUUCCAAAUAGGGGUUUUGAAGGUUUUUGGCACUACUAUUUUGAUAUCGAAAUUCCUUUGAUCUGGUACUGAAAAAGCCGAACUGAAAUUAAAUCAUUUUGCGAGUCCAUAUGUUGAGGUUCAAUUUUAUCCUUGGUUUAAAUUUCAUUUCCUUUUGUUUUAGGUUAUGGUAAUGUAUUAUAAUGAGUCUAAAACAAAGGAAAAUAAAAUUUAAACCAAGGAUAAAAUUGAGCCACAACACAUACACGUGUUGAAGGCGCGUAUAUCGCGUAGGCGUGUGUACUGGUAUCCACAUUAAUUUGCGAAAACAGAGGUGUAGUUCAGAAUUCUUAAAAAUAAGUAAAUUAUGUCGUAAAAAUUCAAUACUUAAAUACGAAAAAGUUUUUCUAUUUUUCUUUUCCCAUGAAAUGUAUCCAAAGAGAGAGAAAGGCAAUCAGCCUUAAAAGAACGGACUUUAUAGACAGUUAGUUUGCUUAGUAUACUAAGAGCAUCCAAAGGCUUUCUUUUAGAGCUCUAAUCGUGAAAACCGUUGGCAAUUCUCUUGUUUGUCCGAGUUGAAUGACACCCUGCUGAAAUAGAUGUAGGUGGUUGGUUGCCCUAAACCUGACCCUGUUUUAUGAUGUUUACAAGUCUUCGCAAUCCCUUUGUCUCUAGGAAGGUUCGCCCACUUCGAGUAUUUCAUUUCCAUCACCCCCUGCUUUGAAUAAUUGUAGGUGAUCGGUUGCCCUUAGGCUUACCCUCUUUUAUGGUGUUUGCAAGCCUCUGCAAUCCCUUUGUCUCCUAAGAAAGUUCGACCAUUUAAGUCGCCCGUUCAGUUGUAUUUUUACUCUUUUUUUCACAAGCAUACGUUUUUCGUUCUAGGCGACUGCAAAAAGGUUAGACAUGAAAAAUUCAGCAAGAAAACGGCCAACAAUUUAACCAGGGAGAGAAAAAUGAAAGAAACAGCUUGCCAAGACGCAGCUUCGAGUCCAGUACUUUUUAGCCAAAGAAGCAUGCCGAGUGCCCAGACAAGCGAAGCACUUUAUGAUAGGUUUCCUGGAUCAUCGAAGCAGUUAACAGCUGAAAAGCCUGAGAUGUUUCACAAUAGAGAAGUUCUUCUUAAGAUGUUACAACCUCCUUCUUUCUACCUGUCGGGGAGUGGCUGCCAAUUGCCUUACCACGAGGAAGAAAAGAAAUGUCCUAGUUCUGGUCGUGGAUCGCAGUGUUUUCGUUGCAUAAACUUAAAACCUCCUCAAAUUCCAGUUCCAGUGACUACUGAGGCCAAUGAAGAUUGGAGUGGAAAGACAAAGAAUGGUAUGUACGCCCCACAACUAAGCAUCAGAGAUCAACACAAUAUCACGCACAGGCGAACAGAAGACAACAACGUACAGUCACCUCGUGAUAUAGAAAUAGAUAUGGAUUUAUCAUAUCACCGAGAUCUUUUGAAAAACCGGCCCUUUGAGAAAACAAGAUUGCUAUUUCCUAAAAAUGCAUGCUGUCCAUCCUGUGAAUUUUCUCAAGAAAAAUUUCUUCCACGGACAGUGCACUGUCAGAGCCUAUAUGGCCAGAAACAUUCAACUACAGGGGAUAGUUUUCAAAAGGAAACUCUGCCAAUUGAUGGAACCUGGGCUCUUGCAAACCAAAAGAGAAAAAUCGAAGUCAUCACACAGCAAAAAUCGAAAAAGGGUUCAACGAUGAAAGAUGGCAGCGGGUUAAAUCCGGGAUUUCUUUCCGACCGGUGUUAUUUUAGACGUGAUUUUCAAGCUGAUCAAGCCUCAGAUUCAAACAAAAAAACGGGACGAGGUUAUCAAGAUAAAAAGACUACAAGUGCUGAAGUGCCUAUUGAUGAUCAUUCGGUGGAAAGCAGCAUAAAUGGUCUGAGAAAUCGCCUACGUGGGAACUUCCUCAUAAACGCUCCCUUCCCUACACAAGACAAUCACAUUAAAGCCCACCUUGCAGUUUCUCAAGGCUCUGCGUUUGUCCCAUCGCGACCGUCCCAAGUAUUGCUGAAUCAUCAAGGCCACGAGGUCAGUGAAUUGACAUAUAAAAUAAAUAAAAAAUUUUACUUUUAGUUAUUUCUUCUCAGGAUAACGUAACAUUCAUGGCAUAUGUUAUCAAGGAUGACUACUCAUUAAUCUCUCUCUUUUUUGAAGGAAAGAAACAGGGGAUUUACAAGAGCUUGUGAGAAACAAAAUGAUGCUUGCCCUUGUAAGUAUAUGACAUGUUAUGUCUUUAAGAGAGCCUUAAGAUCUGAAGACGGCGACGGCAACAAGAACGUCAAAAACACAAUUAUGGGUUUAAUAAGUAAAACUGGCCCCUCAAGCAUUUUACUGCUUUAAGACUGAUCGCAUCUUAAGGAGCUGUGUCACGAAUUUUAUCAAAACUGUAACAGUAGAAACUGACACCAAAUUGAGUGAGACAUAGAAAUAAUCUCUCAAAUCAUUUAAAGAAGGUAUUACUAACACAGCANAUGAUGCUUGCCCUUGUAAGUAUAUGACAUGUUAUGUCUUUAAGAGAGCCUUAAGAUCUGAAGACGGCGACGGCAACAAGAACGUCAAAAACACAAUUAUGGGUUUAAUAAGUAAAACUGGCCCCUCAAGCAUUUUACUGCUUUAAGACUGAUCGCAUCUUAAGGAGCUGUGUCACGAAUUUUAUCAAAACUGUAACAGUAGAAACUGACACCAAAUUGAGUGAGACAUAGAAAUAAUCUCUCAAAUCAUUUAAAGAAGGUAUUACUAACACAGCAGAUACAAAACUAAAUACGGAUGGACAAACUUGAAGAAGAUUAAAACGGAUUGAAAUUGCGGGCUUUUGAAAACUUGUUAGCCUAUUAAUUUUCAAACUUCAUUUUUAUUGUUCUGUAAAGUUUGAUACAACGCUUGGGAAGUAUUUUUUUCAGACAUGAAGUGGGAGUUUAUCUUUUACAAUUAAUUUCUUCCUUUACUUUAAGUUCCACAGUGCAUAAGGAAGUGUAAUUGGCAAUUUGUAUUAACACCAUGAAAUAGAGAGCCGUGACACAGCCCCUUAAAGGUGAUGUUAAACGAGACGUCUCGCAACGACGAUUUUUAGCGCAACACAGUGUUGCAACAUUGUUUCGAAUGGUUACAACACUGUUCCAACAUUGCAACGCUGUGUUGUGCUAAAAAUCGUCGCUGCGAAACAUCACCUUUAGUCAGUCAACCACUCUUUUGCACUUGCAUCAUGCUUUUCUACACUUUUUUGCCGUCAUAUAGAGGAGGUAAACAAAUAUUUCCUUUUUUAAAAUCUGACCUUGGAAAUCGUUUUUAGGAAUUCAACUCCAGGAGAGUUAGCCUAAAUUUGACAAUGUAAGUGUGUUGGAAUAAUCACGAUGAAGAUUGGUAGGACGCGAACAGUACGUUUUUAAGCGACGUUUUCGUUGCCGAAGCUGUCCUUGAAUCAUAAGGUCCCUGACAUUAAAGUUCCCGCAGUUUUUUCUCAUCACGGCACUUAUAAAGCGAUAUUAUUGUGGACUAUUGAUCAGAUAUAUACUAGGUGCUUGCACGUUUAAUUACCCUUCUCAAACUAUCAACAACCUGCUUUACAAUUCUCGAGCUGAAGUCUAAAAUAUUGGUAAUGUAACCAGUUUUGUGAUAGGUUUCAUUGAAUUGAACUGCAAUUCUUGCCUGAUUCCAUAGGUUACUUGAACUUGAAAUCGUUUUUGGACCGACUACAAAAACAGGAAGGCAAUGAAGCAAAGCCCAUGGAUGAUACAGGAAUACCUGCAUGAAAGAAACAGCGGAUUAAUAACUUUCGGAAUUGAAAAUUAUUGGGCAAAACAGUACCUAAUCUUAAGAACAAAUGAAGCAGGUUAUUAUACGAAAAAUGACUAAAGAUUAGACAACUCUGGGGUAGAUCGAAGUACGCGGUUUGAUAAUUAGUGUUUAAUUUUCGAGCCAACCAUCCACUAAUAAAAGCUAGCUUUAAUCCAGGAUACGCUGCACAGCAUUACUAGAAAACACUAAACGACAUUUUGUACAUCAGUCUGAAGCAGACAUAAAAGUAGUAAUGCUAAAAAAUGUCCCCUAAAAUUUUAAACCAGGCGAUUGAUUGAAAAAUAUCAAAAUCGCAAAGAUUAAUUUCUUCAGCCUAUGGUUGACUUUCUAGCAAGUGAUGUUGUAUUUAUCCCUUGCAGGUUGUCCAGAUAAGGGUCCCCAGGAAGAAUGCACUCCUGUAAUUCUACAAUGUUACAGUUUAUCUGAACCUUUUUCUGGAGGUGGCUCUCAGAAGAUUCCGGGGCAUACUGCUGUUACCAAGGACUCAAAAUGGGUUCCACAAAGACAUGUUCAGUGUGAGCGCCAGGAGUCUCCUUUAAAUAAGAGCAGAUCUUUUCAGCGGCAGCAAGGUAACGAAAGUGUUCAGAGUAAUUCAGCAGCCUUUUGUCCGGAAAGUAACUCGGAUACAUACAGUCAGAGUCUCGUUUCACAAAUCAAAAGCAUUUCGAACGAGGAUUUUACCACGCACGUGGCCGUUAACAAUGAAAGGCAACAAAACGGUAGUGGUUUUAUGUCGCCAAACCAUGUCUAUACAAAAUUCAGCCCCCCAGAGAAGUGUCAUUGUCCAAGCUGCCCAUCACACCGUUGUAGCAACAAAAAGAUCUCAGAAAUUAGAGGCAUUCCAAAGAGUUCUUCACUGGUGCACAUUCCAAGUGCCUUCCACAAAACGCAUGUCGUAAAAGUUGGGCAAAAUGAUGUUGCGUCUGAACCUGAAUCCUUUUAUAACUCUAAACAACUGGCUACCAGUCAGAGAGCUACCGUAAAAAUCAGGGAUUACUAUGAAGAGCGGAGAGUUCUAGUUAAGCAAAUCUAUCCAAAUAUUCCGGGAUCAAGAGAAGAUAGUCUGCCCAGAGAGCGGCCAAACCUUUCAUACGCUCGUAAAAUAGAUGGUUUUGAUGAAAACCAUCACCACCGACAUCUUUCGAGUGCCGUCGUAUUCCAAGAUCCUGUUUUAGAGAAUAUUCCUUUUCGUGCAAGAGUACGUCAACAGGACUUUGUUGCUGGAAGUAAAAAGCGAAAAAACCGCCAACCUCGCCCUCAGAGAGUCAGAGAAGACGAUUCUACAAGAGUCAGAGAAGAAGAUUCUACACAUCUUGCAGGAAAUGGAAAGGGACAUGUACAUUUUGAAGAUAAUCAACAUGAGGAACCUUGUGAAAAUCGAAUCCAUCCGCAAGCAAACCCAUCGAGCCAGUAUGACCCAUCGAUCACCAACAAAGGAUCUCCUGAAACUUCCUCUUCUUAUGAGGAUGACUCUUCCACAGUCCCUGCUCAUCACGGAUGGAUAAGAAGUUUUAAAGCUAAAGAAAGCUCCAUCAAAGACACAUCUUCGAGGUCACAGAUUCGCAGAAAUUCUAUUCCUUCAGAUUCACAACCACCUUGUCAUCCCUUAUCUGAAGGAAAGCGAACCGUUAAGAUUACUGCGCCAAUGCUUGAUACUCAGAAAUUUCAGAGUCGUGAUGCAUCAUCUUUUGGCGAGAUUUCCAGCGAGUACUCAUUUUCAAACCAAUUCUCACUCGACCAUGAAAAGAGUGCAUUUCACCAGUUUGAGACACCACACUUCAAACUGGGAAUCUCAUACGGAAAUUUAACCAAGCGUCCAGGUUACUUAAGGCCAGAUUGGAAGCUAGACUCACCUCACCGUUAUUUUCCUAAAAGGUUACAAGUUUCAAAAACGCACUAUGAAACUUUGGAAAAACGAAGAGAAAGUCUUAAAAGUGUCCAAAAAAUCAUUCCAUCCCCAGAGCAAGUCGCGUUUGGUGCCCACCAACUCAACAUAAGCAGAGAAAGCGGUAUAAUGGAUCCAUGUAAUCACCAGGGCAUGCCCAGUUAUGCCGAGCGUCGUGCUGUGCAAACAAAGGAGAGUCCUCAAAAAGAAGAAAUGCCCUCUCCUCCAUCAUCAUUGUCCAGUGACCAGGAUGGUGUUACCAGCGACGAUGUCGAUGAAUUGCAGAAAACACAAAUCAGUGAGCAACCACAUCCGAUAGAAGACACCAAUACCCUCAUCGACGACGAGAACCUAAAGAGACACAUCGGAGAGAAACAAGUCACUUUUCCAGAAGGUCACAGCCUUUUCUUCAAGAGGCCAGAAGAAUAUGAUAACUUUAUGUCGUCUAAUUUGAAAGAAAGAAGAUUCAUUUGCCGCUUCUGCUGCAAGAAAUUUGCCCACUUCUCUACACUCCAAAAUCAUGUCCGGACUCAUACAGGUGACAAACCAUUUCAGUGUAAAUUUUGCAGUCGUCGAUUUGCUCAGUCGGGAGUCCUUAAGGCGCACUUGCGCACGCACACUGGCGACAAGCCUUUUGUCUGCAUGUACUGUGGAAAAAUGUUUGCUCAAAGCACGACACUGACAAAUCAUCUUAGAACUCACACUGGCCAAAAACCAUACGUUUGCCAUUACUGUGGCAAGUGUUUUUCACAGCCGUCCACGCUAAGAAAGCACGAACUUUCUCACACCAAAGAACGCCCAUAUUCAUGCAAGUUUUGUGGAAAAGCGUUUGCCCAGCAGUCCACGCUUACUAAUCACAUGCGCUCUCACACUGGCCAGCGGCCCUAUAAGUGUCACUUCUGCGAGAAGAGCUUUGCCCAGUUGAGUACUCUUGACAGACAUCUGCGCCUCCAUUCAAGCGUAAGUCUCAAGCCUCAUCAGUGCCAGUUCUGCAGCAAGAGUUUCAGCUACUUCUCUAAUCUAGCAACUCACAUGCAGAUACAUGAGCAGGAACAAUUAAAAGUGAUUUAG